GCGCGGCGGGUCCCUCCCGGAUCGGCGCGGCGCAGCGCGGCGCGGCGCGGCGCGGCCUCCCUCCGCCGCUGCCGCCGCCGCCGGGACCAUGGGCUGCCGCCGCCUUCUCCUCCUCGCCCUCCUGCUCCUCCCGGCUGGCUUCAGCGAUGACGUGGCGAUGCCAUCGCUGAGCGCCAGCCACCCUCCCACUCCAUCCACGGGGAUUCCUACAAGGACAGAUGCCGUGUUUGGGACGGUGGCCUCCCCUGCCAUGAGCACGCCGCCGAUGUCCAGUGGGGCUACGGAGUGGGAGGGCAGCAGCACUGUCCACACUGCCACGGCUGACAGCACCGGCCCCUCCACGAGCUCCAGCACUGGCUGGGAGCCGUCAGCUGCCAGGAGUGCCCCGGCGUCCUGGCUGGCCAGCGCCGCCACCACCGUGACAGGGGGUGCUGCAGAGGAGCCAAUCACAGCUUCCAGCACGACGGCGGCCACCUCGUCCCAGCCUGGCACGCCAUCCCCGCCAUCACGCACCACUGCCGGCUCCUCUUCGGCGCCGCUUCCCAGCAGCGCCCAGCCGCUCCGGCCCAGCUCCUCCCCGCCAGUUCCAGAGAACACCCCAUCCCGUGGGACACCCACCACCGUGGCUGCUUGGCCGGGCCCUGCAUCGCCCCAAGUCACUGCCACCGUGGACAAAAUCAGCCCCACCACCAGCUUCGCCACACAGGAGGCACCGCGCGCCCUGAGCUCAGGCAGCGUCGUGGCCAUAACAGUGACCGUCAUCGUGAUGGUUGUGCUGGUCUUCGGCGUGGCUGCCUACCUCAAGAUCAGGCACUCCUCCUAUGGACGGCUCUUGGAUGACCAUGACUACGGCUCAUGGGGCAACUACAACAACCCUCUCUACGAUGACUCCUAGCGGAGGGGCCAGAUGGGGCAGAAAGACCCUUGUUCGUGGAUGCUUCUCUGACCGGUUGCCUCCCGGCACCGUGCUGCACCUGGCUCCCUCUCCACCAUUUCUCCCCUCAUUUCCCGAUGGAUCGUGACCCCAUGAGAAGCCCUGGAAAUGUGGAUGAGGAAGCGCCAAGUUUGGAGCCACACUACCAUGCACUCCAGGAGGGAAUACCAAUCCCCUGUGCUCAGCAGCACUGGGGGACGCAGCUACCAGCUGCUUGGUCCCACUAACAUAACUCCUGGCACUGCUAGCUAUAAAAUCCUCCAGAGAGGGGGGAAAAAAACUCACCCUGUCCCUCCUCGCUCUCCUGAACGAGGAUUUCCAGGCACUUUCUUGCCUGGGACCUGCCACGUGGACCACGGCCGAGAGGAGCAGAGCUGGCACUGGCACUGGGGCUGGGGUUGGACACCAGCAGAAAGCCCACCUUGCUCGACCUGCCCACAAAGCCCACGGUGGCACAACCGUGCCGGAAAAGUUUCCAGCCAUGCCCAGCCCGAAAUGGCUUUUGAAAACCACUUGUAGCACAAAAAAAAAAAAAUCCACCAAAACUAUAAAGAGAAAUAUCCCGCACACUUUUUGCUCAGAUCGUUCUCCUUCAUACCUGGCCGCCAUCUAGGUAAAGGUAAAGGUGUUCAGCUGCCAAAGGUGGUUGAUUGUGGUGGGGUUUCAUUGCUGGGAGGAGAAACAAAAUCUGCCCACUCAAUUCAGGUGCUGGGAGGCGGCACUACGACCCACACUCACCCCCUGGGGCCCCUCGCUUUUGAGACUGAAGCUGUGCAAAACCCUUGGAGCUCCUUUUCCUCGCAGUUGUUGUACUGUGCUUAAAUGCUUGUGGUUUUGGCUGAGAAUCACAGGCUUAAAAAUUUCUUAAAGCAGCUUUUGCUGUUGGGUUUGCGUUUCCUCUGAAAAAAGAUUUGAUUCCCAGGAAUUGCAGCUUUUAAAUGUGAAAAAGCUAUCUGGAAAAGGUUAGCCUGAUCUGACAGCAUUAAAACCAAUUUGUAAAAGGCACGGGGUGGUGGUGGGGGGUUGUCUCAUAUGGCCUGGCACCUUGCUGCAUGUUCAAACUGAGGCAAAAUGUGUUUUGGAGUUAGGGCUUUGCAAGCCGCUUCGCAGGGACACAGCGCUCUUUCCCACGCCACUGAGCUGCUGCCUGACAGCAAAUAUCGCAGCUAAAAAUAGUGCCGUGCUGCGUACUGCCUUUGGGGGCGGGGGGGGGGGGGAGGAAUAUAUAUCUAACGAGGCCAGGUAGCCAAGCGAGUGGACACAGCAAGAAAAAAUGGGAUCGGGGAGCUGGGAGCCUGAAGCAGAUGCAGAGGACAACAUGGGACAGCUCCAUUUUUCCCAUUAAUGCACGCAUGUGUUAUGCAGAAAUUUCCUGACUUUUGGUAUUCCUGUCACAAAAAUGAGAGUGGGUUGGGGUGGGGGGAGAGUUAUCAGUCUGAGCAGCUGCAGCUGCACCAAGAUGUUUAAUUCCUGUCUUUUCAAGGAAUAAAUAGCUAGGAGUUAUUGCUCCUAAUCACGUGUAAAGCCCAGUGCUUUCCCAAGGAGUCUUGGAUGACUCCAAUUAACUUGGAUUUCUCUGUAGGUUUUACAGCUGCUUAAAAAGCCCUGUAAAAAAAAAAAAAAAAAGGGAGCAACACAACCACCCCAGCACGUCCCUGCAUUAAAUGUUGGCAUCUCUGUCACAAGGGCCAAGGCACGAGUAAGCCCAAAAUAGCACUCGGCAGACAGAGGGCCCCCCCCCCCCCAAUUUUGGGGUGGGAACAGGGUAUUUGGCAACUGCAGACAGGGUGAUUGCGUGAUGCCCAGCACCCCAGGGAGCAGGGCUAGCAUCAUAUCAGUGUUGCCUAAGCAAGGAGGGCUCAAAACACCCUAACUCUGCCCUGCCCGAGGCGAAACCAGGGCGGGGGGUGGGGGUGCACAUUGCUCUGGCAGGGGUUUGCUAAAUUAAAAACAAGCCAAAAAAAAUGCUACCGUCCCCUCUGCCAGGAUGGGCCCCACAGAGCUAAGCUCAGCUGCAGACGACUGGCCAGUUUUAUUUACAAAAACGACAAAGUGAGAUGCUCUGAUUUUCCUCAAAGCUUCCCACACACAUCCCUCCUCCUCCCCCUGCCGCCUUUUGGCUAUUUUUUAAUCUCAGAGAUAUUUUAUUUAUACAAAACUAGCUUGCAUAGCUCCAUCCAUAAUGUUGCAUGCUCCAGGCCUUUCGGCAGGAAUCAGGGCAUGGCAGAAGCCCUGCAUGUGACAGGAGCGCUCCUUUAGCAGAGAGGAGCAGGGAAAUGGAACAGCCUGUUCCCGUUACCAUUUAAACACCAUUCAGCCUGGCCAGCCUGCCUGUGCUUGCAUUUUGCUCCUUUGCAAACAUGCUGAUAGUGGCUCAUCAGCAUUUACCAGGUGGCAUCCCCUCAAAUGGCCGAUGAGAUUAAUGGGAUAAAUAUUAGUAAUUUAUUAGCAGAAAUAGCUCUGCGGUGCCGCCUCCAGCAGUAAUAGCACUUUGGGUAAUUUGGGGUAAUUUGUUCUGGGGAGAGGGCAGUUUAUUCCUGAUCUGUGAACUUAGCAUAGACAGCAAUAGUCUCUGCAUAUGGAGUAUUAAACACGCAGUAACUUCAACCACUGCUAAAGCGAUUAUCUUAUCUUCCCACUGUACAUUCCCACAGCUCCAGAGCCUAACAGCAGUAACUCUUACCAAAAAAGCAGUAAAACAGUUUAUUCACAAUGCAAGGGCCAAACGCCAACAUAAAGUUGCAGGAAGCCCAAGGAGCCCUUCAUUUCCCUCCACUAAUUGCAUUAUCUAAUAGAUAAAUGGAUUAACAGCGUUUUCUCAGGAAGAAAAAAAAAAAAAAGAAAAAGAACCGAUUUGCUGGCAGUGAGCCAAGUGCAAUGGAAACAAUUGCUGGAAGAGGCACGGAUAUUCAGUAUUGACUUAUGCAAACCACCAGCCUGCACUUCCCCCUGUGUUCCCCAGGAAUAAAUAUACAUGGUACAUCCCCCAGUGCUGAUGCUUCCUUCGCAACUGUGUCUUCAAAUAUGUAUCUAUCUGUAUUUCAUCAAGUUAAUGGACAAGCUGCUGCAUCUGUUUCUCCCUCACGGUUAUUUGCAGGGUUUAUUUUUCUGGUCUAGCGUUUUGUUUUUAAGCCCAAAUUGCUGCUGCCAGCUAUGCUGUAUGACCUGAGCGUGCAAGUGUCUCCCUGUGCUUUCCCAUCACCACCCAAAUCCCAGUCUUGCUACCCGGCUUGCCUAUGGGACCAGCCACAGCCCCACAACUCAUGGCUUACUGUGAGCAGGGGUCCUCAUCCUGUUGGGGAGGGUGCGCAAAUCCGAGGAGCAACAGCACCAGCGUGAAGGAGACUCCCAAAACACGAGGUUCUCAUCAGCAGCUUUAAGGAGAAGAGCCAAAAAAGCCUGAUGAGCUGUGAGGAAGAGGAGGGUUGCUCUUCCCAGCUGUAAGCCCCGAGCCAGCAGCUGGCAUGGGGUGCCUAGCCUGAAGCCAGCUGUGCAGAAAGGCAGCUCACUGCUCCAGGAAAAGCAUAAGGGCUUUUCCUGCUGGAGACUACCAACUGCAUGCUCAAAGCCCAGCCAGCGCUCACAACAACCCCAAAUGCACAGAGGAUGGUUCCUCUCUGCGGAGGUUUGCAAGGGUUUUUAACAACAGUAGGUCACUUGCACCUGCUGGAGCUAGGAAAGCUGGGGGUUAGCAUGGCAGGGAGCAUUGCAUGAGUGUCUCCUUGUCAAUACAGACCUAUGGUCCUACACAAUUCAAAAGUCCAACCAACCCCCCUCCCGAAGGGCCCCAAGCCAUUCCCACACAGCAUUUGCUUAGAGAAUCUGUCCCUGCGGUGUUUCUGGGCCACACACAGAGGAAAUGAUAUUUUCAGCAGACAAAGCAGCUGUUACCUGCUCUGCAGCCUUACCUGCUUCUUCUCCAACCCCGCACUGCCAGACUGCUGAACACAGAGCCAGGAGCAGCCUCCGAGGCCACUAAUGGGUGUGAGGAGCUGAGGGAGCCCCCCCGGCUGCCAGCACCCACCCACUGCAGCCCCCCUGGACCCAGCGAUAUCCCCCGCUCCUGCGAAGGUGCCAGCAGGGCCCCCAACCCUGCAGCAUGGCACAUCAACAUUUUUGCAGCGGGUCAAGAAAGCCAGCCCAGCGCCACUAUGCGGGGCAAGACGCAACCUGGGGGACAGCAGCCAGCUGCAGCACACAGAAACAGGGACACACACCGUAAAAAGCACUAGCACUCGCUGUAGUCUGGAAGGGGACAGGCAUGAGAUGGAAGAUGCUGGACUCAGACCCAGUGAAAUCAGGUUUCGAGAACCGCUUUGCUCCCAGCACAGCUGGCUCAGCUGAGAAGUUGCUCUUGGUUUAAUUUUAAUUAGAUCUUCUCUCCAGCACUGCACGAUUGAUUUGCUGCUUUGUCUGGCAGGACCGGCUGCUUGUUUUUAUGGAGUCAUCGUGACUCAGGAAGGCAACACUCCCUCCUUCUGCAUCUGCUCUCCCUGGUCUCCUCCUAUACCAGUUGGUGACUUCACUUAUUUUCCCCAAGCAGGCCACACGCAACACUGCUCUGGCAACAAAAAUUGUUGCUUUACAGUGUUGCAGCUCUGUAAAGCAAGAACAAGGAGGAUAAACAGUGUGCCUUUGUCCAGAGAGGGGAAUCCAUGGAAGAGGUGCUGUGCUAGCUCAGGUUUAAGUAUUCACGCAAAAAUGAAAGACUUUCCCAUUUGAACACAGUGAAAACAUGAAGCUAGCUACUGUAAAACCCCCGCAGCAGCUACAGCUGGGCACAGCAAGAACGUGAAUAACUCAAAGUAUUUAAUGUCACACGGUUAUCAAGGUCAGAGACCAAGGUGCAUCUCAAAGCAAGUCCUAUCAGGGCAGGUCACUCAGGGCCCUACUGAGUUUUGAACACCACCAAGGAUGGAGAUCCCACAAGCCCUCCGGGGCCCUGUCCCAUGGCUUGACACACACAAGCUCAGUGCCCUUUAGCUAAGAAGGAGGUUUACUUGGUGAAAAGCUAUGCCAUUUUAAGUCAUAGAGGCUGCUCUGCUCAGUGUGUGGAUUGUGACUGUAGAAUACCAUAGAUUAUUGCCUAAUAUUGCAUGUUGUUUUUAUUAUGCAUAUCUUGGAGAACUGCUUUAAGCUUGUAGCAACAGAUGGAGAAAACAUCACAUAAAGACGAAACAGUUACAUAAGCUGUUAGGAAAACAGCUUUCAGCAUAAGAAAACAUCCACGAUUCAAACAUCCAGGGUACAUACAGUGUAACAAGGCUUCACCUGAAAUACAAUUACCAGUGUGAAUGUAAAGGAAGUGGUGUGAAGGAGAAAUCCAUGAGUGACACUGAAAUGACCUGUCUAACCAUCAUUUUAUGGUACUUCAUCAUGGUUUGAACUCAGCUAAAAAUGUCUAGGAAGUAUAUAUAAAAUAAAACCAUAACAAGCAUAGUACAAUUUGUUUUAAUAGAGACAUUAAUUUACAUUCAUUUAUAGCAGUCAGAAAAGUGCUUCAGAAAAAGAAACCUAAGUAAAUGCAAGCUACAGUAAUACGAUCAUCUGAUUCCUAGUAUUUCAUACAUAAAAGGGCACUGUCAGAUAAAGAAGUCUGUUGCUUUACCAUAGAGCAAGUUGAAAACAAGUAGUUGUAUGGUGAAGAGGAACUUUUGCAUUUCAUGCAGUUUGGACAGUAGGAGCCAUGCUCCACACUAUUUGAACUUUCUGAAAUUCUCAGAAACUAAGGACUAGCUGCAAUAUUUUUUCUGCAAAACACUGGGCAGGAUAUCAUAUAAAAGAGAAGGAUGGGAGUUUUUAUUCCUUUUAAAAAAGAAAAAAACAUUCCUCCAUCCUCCCCUCUCCUCCCACAAUGAAAUUAGAUACCAUAAAAAAUAAUAAAGUGACAGAAGACUGGUCCCUGCAUGACUUGAGAGUCCCUCUAUGAAUGGCUGCAACUUUAGCAACUAUCUCAGGCUUAGCAGGAUUGGCUGGCCUGACAGCAAUCCUGCAAAGAUAAUGCUAUAUGGUUCACUUCACGUACUGAACCAUCAACAUGUCAAGCUACGUACGUGUCUAAAACCCUAUGACACCUAGGCCCCUGUAAAUGAAUAAAGCUAAUUAGGAAGAAAUUGGUGUUAAAUGCAAUUGCAGCUGGCAAAGGAAUCUAAAUGAAGAGACACCAGGUCACGUGAGUACCUGUGGGAAUAAGGGCAGCCCUGUAGCUUGAUUCAAAAGCCGUUCAUCAGACAUACACACACACACCAGCCCUGCUUUUGAAGUGAAUUCUGUACACAUGGUGUGUGCACUUGUGUCUACCAAUCAGACUGAGAUGCAAUUUCUGCAAGCUCACCCUUUCCAUCCAUUUGCUUGAUGGCUCCAAGGCCCUAGAACAAACACGUCACUUAAAAGAACAGAACAUACUUAUGCAAAACUUUGCAGACGUCAGCUUUAUGUAAGGUAUCAUCUCAAAGCCACCAAUUUUCCCUAUGAGUUGCUACCAGAAUGGCUAUACCUCCACCCUGUGUUAUGCUCAGGGCCUCUCUAAGCCAGAUCAGUCUUUGACUGCCCCAAGAUAUGUUCUGUUCUGACAGCUAUUGCUUGUACUUCUCCCUUUGGCAUCUCAUUUGUUAUUCUUCUAGGCUGUCUUUUCUACGAUGUGGUAAAACGCUCUUUUAAAGAGAGCCAUUCUCUUGCAGACUAACCUCAUCAGGUUGUUACACACUGUUGGACGGAGAGAUUCCUGAAGAGCCUGACCAUGCUGUAGCAGGUACUGAGGUUGGGGACACUAUUAGCAGAACUCCUUUGCACCAGCCUAAAACUUUGUAACCAUUUUACUGUUGGCAUGACAGGUGUGAAUAAAUUUUUACAGACAAUUUUUUUUUUUUU